AUGUCCAGCCAAGAUACCAUCGAGUCUGAAAAGGGAGCCAUAACGCGUCCUGACUUCGACGGGCGAAGCGCUGAGGGUUUGGAUGAUCUGACACUCGACAAACAAACUUCUCGGGGCACCCUACCAGAAUUGAAGCAUGUUUGUAGCAAUGCUCUGAGCAAGGUCGCGUCGCGGCUCACAACCAGAGACAUUAUAGACCCUGGCCCGCCUCCUGACGGGGGGCUGCAAGCAUGGACGCAAGUGAUUAUGGCGUGGGGAAUCUGCUUUGUUACCUGGGGCUACAUCAACUCAUUCGGGGUCUUUCAAACCUAUUACACCGAAUCGCUGGGAGAAACGCAAUCGACGGUGUCAUGGGUCGGCUCGGUACAGCUCUGGGUUGUGUUUGUGGUGAGCGCCUUCUCCGGGCGGGCAUUGGAUGCAGGACUCUUCAUCCCAACCUUGUUUAUCGGCACCGUGAUUCAGGUCAUAGGGAUAUUCAUGACUAGUCUGUGCAAGGUGUUCUGGCAGCUGGUUCUGGCUCAGGGAAUCUGCACCGGUCUAGGAAGCGGCAUCUUCUUCUUACCAGCCAUGGGGUUGGUGACCACGUACUUCCAACGACGUCGGGGUCUCGCGGUUGCCAUCGUCACCACCGGAAAUUCCGUGGGCGGAGCGGUGUAUCCCAUCAUUGUGCGCCAGCUGCUUCCCAAGAUCGGUUUCGCUUGGACUGUGCGGGUGCUGGGAUUUGUGAAUCUGGCACUGCUCGCGAUGGCGUUGGCCUUCAUGCGUCCAAGACUUCCGCCGAGGAAAUCAGGGCCCAUCGUCGAAUGGAGGGCGUUCCAUGAGGUGCCAUAUGUUUGUGUUCUGAUCGGAAUGUCGUUUGUCUUUGGUGGUCUCUUCUUCACGUUCUAUUACCUGGCUUCAUACAGCCGCAACAUCAUCGGCAUGAGCUAUGAGGACUCGCUCACAAUCCUCAUCAUCUUCAACGCCGCCGCAGUCCCCGUCCGCUUGAUGACCGGGUACAUCACCGACAGGUUCCUUGGCCCGCUCAACACCAUGGUUCCUCUCCUCUUCAUCAAUGCGCUGUUUGGCUUCGUCUGGAUUGCAGUGAGAUCCGUGCCAAGCAUGUACGUCUUCUCCGUCUUCUAUGGCUUCUCGGCGGGUGCUUUCCAAUGCCUGUUCCCCACCACUGUAGCCAGCCUGAAUGACGACCUGAGUAAGAACGGCGUCCGCAUGGGCAUGGCCUUUUCCGUUUUCAGUUUUGCUGGUCUAGCAGGCCCGCCAAUCGGCGGCGCACUGUUAACGACAAACGGCGGUGGCAGAGGUGGGUACCUGGUCGCUCAACUGUGUCUGGGAAUCUGCACAACCGUGGGAGCAAUCUUCAUGGUUGGCGCUCGAGUGUACAAAGAGGGUUGGACUUUGAAGAAAUGUUAG